AUGGAGAGAUAUUUGAAUUUACUCCUGACUUUAUGCACACUGCAUCUUGCUUUACAUUUUAGCCCAGCUGUGAGUGCAUCCAGGACGCCAUGGACAACUGCUGAUGAAAGUUUGGCUGCGGCAAGGAGUGCCAGAGCUGUCAACAAACCAAAUCCCAUCAACUGUAAACUCGGGAGAUGGUCAUCCUGGACUCCAUGUAACUCCUGCACAGAACAAAAGGUCCGUUUCAGACACAUAGAGAAGCCCUCUCAGUUUGGUGGCACCGAGUGCUUUGAGACACUAUGGGACAAGUUGGCAUGUCCCACAGUGACAACUCAGUGUAUGUUGACAGAUUACUGCGGAGACAGCUUCACCUGCAACGAAACAGGGCGCUGCAUCAGCCAGUCCCUUCGCUGCAAUGGAGAGUUGGACUGCGAGGGCUUUUCUGACGAAGACGACUGUGAAGAAAUCAGGCGGAGAGAUGACAAAUGUUCAACCUUUCUACCCAUCCCUGGGGCUGAACGUGGCACUCAGGGCUACAACAGCUUGACUGGAGGCUUUGUGGAUCAUGUACUUGACCCAAAGUACUUUGGUGGAAAGUGUGAAUAUGUCUAUAAUGGUGAAUGGAGGAAGUUCCUUUAUGAUGCAUUCUGUGAGAACCUGCACUACAAUGAAGACGAGAAGAACUACAGGAAACCUUACAACUACCAUACUUACCAUUUUGUGGCUCAAGCUAUGUCAGAGGGUUCUCAUGAAUACUAUGAAGAUAUGACGAGCGUCCUGGAAGCAAGAAAAACUAUGAGUUCCUCCAACGCUGGAUUCACAGUUAGGGUCUAUUAUGUGGAAGUUGGACUGACUGCAAGUCAAGAAUCUGAGUUUCUCAAAAACAUAACGCAACAUAAAAGCCAGGACCUAGGGUUCAUCAGGCUUUUCUCCAAAGUGCAAACAGCCCACUUUAAAAUGAGAAGUAAUGAGUUGAUGCUUCAUGAAGAUUUCUACAUUUCACUCAUGGAGCUGCCGGAGCAGUAUGACUUUGGGAUGUACUCCCGCUUCUUCAGCACAUUUGGCACCCACUAUGUCACAGAGGGAACUAUGGGAGGAACCCUUGAAUACAUUGUUGUCGUCAACAAAACGUCCAUGGCCAGCUCAAAUAUUGAUGGAAAUCAAGCUGGGCGAUGCUUUGGUGGCUCUAUUGGUGUAAGUUAUCCUAUCGACGGCUCUAAUUCAGUAGACUUCAAAGUGGGUGGGAAAGGAUGCAAAAAAACGGGAACAUUCAGUGCAGACAAGGACUCAGGUUCUGCUGUAAUUGAGGACAUUGUUACUCUGGUGAAGGGGGGAAAUACCUACAGCAGCAGUGGCCUGUUGGCUAUCAGGAACCCUGACACCUACAGGAACUGGGGAGCAUCCCUUAAAUACAACCCAACACUCAUCGAAUACGAGACCAUGCCAAUUUAUGAGCUUGUGCGCCUCAGCACGGCUGCCGAACAUUCAGGUACGAGACUGGCCAACUUGGAGAGGGGCUUGGAUGAGUAUCUGCAACAGUUCGACUCGUGCCGCUGCGCCCCAUGUAGGCACAAUGGCAUUCCUGUCCUCAGCGGUACUUCCUGUGUUUGCAUCUGUAAGCCCGGCUACCAGGGAGAGGCCUGUGAAGAAACUCUCAGAGGGGAUACCAGGACGGAUGGGUCGUGGUCGUGCUGGGGGGCCUGGGCAGCAUGUGCAUCGGGGAGGAAGACUCGGACAAGGACCUGUGAUAACCCUGCUCCUGAUGGGGGCGGAGCAACCUGCAGAGGCUCCUCCUCUCAGACUCAGCACUGUUGA